AUGGCCAACUUUAAUCCAUAUUUUGCUUCCUCCUCUUCUAGCUCAAGCUCUCAAGAAGAUGAAGAGGCCAUUCUGAACGGUGCAACUAUGUUGCUUUUUUCACCGGAUACGGAACAUUAUGAUGGGCCUCUUAUCAAAAUACCAUGUCGCAAUGGAGACAUGCCUGGUUGGAAAGACUAUUUAGGUUCUUUGGACGACACUCAUAUCCCUGUAUCAAUUCCGGCAGUAGAGCAAAUGGCUUACACUAAUAGGCAUGGGACUCAAUCACAAAACGUAUUAGCUAUAUGUGACCAUGAUAUGCGAUUUAUUUUUGUCUAUGCCGGAUGGGAAGGUAACGCAUAUGAUGCACGGGUGCUAGAAAUUAAAGAAAAAUUCACAAUUGCCAUCACUUCAGUUUUUGCUCUGCGGAAAUUAUUGCUCUGGUAUAAAGAAAUUAUUCGCUCAUUGACGUCUGCGGAAUGUGAAAUUUUUGCUAUGUUGUGCUAUGCAAUUUGGAACAAUAAGAAUGCAGCUUUGUUCAAUGGUAAAAUUCGAAAUCCUCUAUCCUUAGUCAACUUGGCGGCUCACAGCCUUAGAGAAUUUCAUGAGGCCAAUACCCAACCUAUUAUGUUUCCACCCCAAACUGCUCAACUGAGAUGGUUAGCCCCGCCUUCUCCCCACUUUAAAAUUAAUUUUGAUGCUGCCAUGUCCACAGCUCAAAGAAUCUUUGGCGUUGGAGUAGUGGUUCGUGACCAUGAAGGCUCUUUUAUUGCUAGCCUUGCAAAGAAAUUCGUUGGUUCGGUUAUCCUUGAUAAGGAAGACAUCCUGUCUGACUUAGGCCUGAUUAUUGAGGAUAUGCGUUUAGCCUUACUAGAUCAACAUUGUAUUGAUGUCAAAUACAUACCGAGGAAGGCAAAUAAGGUUGCGCAUACCUUAGCCAAUCAAGCUAAGAAUGCUAGCUUUUCUGAAUCUCUUUGGAAUGCUCCUCCAGUCUUUGUCAAACAAAUUGUGCUGGACGAUUUCUAG